AGUGACACCCGAAACUGCAUCGUCCACUUCACUUCUCUUCCAAGAAAUUAUCUGCCUUCCCUGGUAUUACUUACUUAAAUGACUACGAAGAACAAAAAGCAUUGAUUUCAAAGGAAAGCUAACUUGAUAUAAUAGAUUUAUCCAGGUGCUUUUCUUUCUAAAACUGAAGGCUGAAAUGUGCCGUUGUUGCAAGAGUUUCGCCCUCCUUCCUGCUUUACUCGCUAUUCUCUCUAUAUCCACAUUUAUCCUAACCUACACAGUCUCGCUAGUAGAGGAUGAUGUCAGUCCAUGGUUCCCAAGCAUCAGUCAGACCGGCGAUAAAGUUCCAGAGAGUAACAUAUUCAGUCAGCUGUUCAACAUUUGCAGUUUUGUGUUUGUUUUGACGCUUUUCGUUAGGUUCCUACAGUUGAGGCACGAUUCGGACUGGAAUGAGGAAGCGAGGCCGCUUCUACUCAGACUUAAUAUUACAUCCUUGGUGUUUGGCCUGCUGGCUGGCUUGGGAGCAAGCCUCGUUGCAAACUUCCAGGUUGAUGCUGUUACAAUAGUCCAUUUGACUGGGGCAGUGAUGGUAUUCCUGUGUAGUGUCUUCUAUUGCUGGAUUCAGACGCUUAUCACUUACAAAAUGAUGAACUGUGGACUCAAUUCUGCAGGGCUCUUUGUGAUAAGGUCCGCACUUAGUGGAGCAUCUACUGUCUUCUUUAUUCUAACUCUAGUUGGAAGGGGAUAUGCCCAAUCAAAGUGGCAAUCAGGGCACCCAAAUUCAGAUUUACGUCCCACAUGGAAGCCAGGUGAGACUGGGUAUAAAUCUCAUAUCAUGAGUGAUGCAGCAGAGUGGCUGAUGGCUAUAACCAUCCUGGUAUUUAUUACUACCUUUUUCGGGGAAUUCCGAAGCAUCAAGAUGAAACUGAUGGUCUCCCGGAGAAGUGAAUCUCCUGUUCCACUAAGUGUAUCAGAAGAUAGUAUGAGGAGUCCUCUCCUGUUGUAAGGCUAGCUGAGUAUGGAAUAGCCUCGACCCCAUGUAUACAAAACAACAUAGUUCCCUACCCUAGAAGGGAAAGUUACUCAAAGUUACUAUCGAAAGUGACAUACGAAACUGCAUCGUUUGCACUUUACUUCUCGUCCAAGCAUUUAUUACUACCUUUUUGGGGGAAUUCCAAAGCAUCAAGCUGAAACUGAUAGUCUCCUGGAGAAGUGAAUCUCCUGUUCCAAAUGUAUCAAAUUAUAAUAUGAGGAGCCCUCUCCUGUUGUGAGGUCAGUUGAGUAUUAACAUCAAGUCAUUGUGAUGUCUCAUCAUCACAUGUUAACACAGGAACAGUUGGGGACAGGCUGCAGGCCACCCCAUAAAUUGUUAAGAGGACUGCCAGCCCCCCUAAAAAUGAGUAAGCUUACAGCUUUAGUGCAUAGGCAUCUGUAGUAACAUUUGCUCAUGAAAUAGAAAUAAUAGCAAAGAUAUGAAAGAUUCAAUUUUGCUUCCAUUAAAAAAUCUUUCUUUUUUUA